AGACGUUAUUUUUUCAAACGGACCGAUUUCCUUUAAGCGGACCGCCCUCCUUUUGGUCCGUCCUUCCGACUUCCGCCUCAGCUACGAGCCGAGAUGGCCCCAACCAAGAAAGGAGAGAAAAAGAAGGGGCGUUCAGCCAUCAACGAGGUGGUGACCAGAGAGUACACCAUCAACAUCCAUAAACGCAUCCAUGGAAUUGGCUUCAAAAAGAGAGCCCCCCGUGCGAUCAAGGAGAUCCGCAAGUUUGCCAUGAAGGAGAUGGGAACUCCUGAUGUUCGCAUUGACACUCGCCUCAACAAGGCAGUGUGGAGCAAAGGGAUCAGGAACGUGCCGUACAGGAUGCGCGUCCGACUGUCCAGGAAGCGUAACGAGGAUGAGGACUCUCCCAACAAACUGUACACCCUGGUCACAUACGUUCCUGUCACCACGUGCAAAGGUCUGCAGACUGUCAAUGUCGAUGAAAACUAAAUUUGUGGAAUAAAUAAAAAAAAAUGAAAAUCU